AUGACAACGUCUCUACAUAGGGGUCUACUGUCGGGAGCUACAGCAAUUUUUGCCUGGGCAACAAAUGUUUACGACUGCGGAUUUCUUAACGACUUCUUCAUGGUGACGCCAAAUUCGACAAUCGCGCGUCGAGAUGCUGGCAUCCGCCAGAUUCUUACAGAGGUCGUUCAGCAAAACCUUUUCGAAGGAGGUCGGCAUAACUUUGAGGUCUACCGGUGGCUCCCUCCUCACCUUCAGGAUGGCAAUGCAGCUUCUCAACAAGUAGCAAUUCUAACUGGCAUCACAAUCCUCUCAGCCCUACUCCUCCUUCUCUUUCCUCUUGCCCUAGUAAUUGUGAGUUGCAAUUGCACGUUAUGUCGUAGAGCAAACAAUGGUGAUGGAAAACUGACGAGUCAGCUGGCUGCUAGGGAAACAGUGAGUUUCAUUUUAGUUGCGGCUUUCCAACAAAUGCCAUAUUCCAUUACUAUCUAUACGUGUCGAAUGAAAUUCUCCUCCUAUUAA